ACAGCUAGCGGGGUGUGUGACGUUGAGGGGGGAGGGGGGGGAUAGAGAGAGAGACGGAGAGAGAGAGAGAGAGAGAGGAGGGUGGCAACAUGGCCAACUGUGUGGCUUUCCAGAGCAAGUUAACCUCGAUCAUGGAGAUGCUGGCGAAAGCCGCCGUGGUGGAGAUCAGUAAACUCUGGGAGGACGGCUUCGCGCUCGUUCAGGUCGAGCUCCGCCGGAGGGAGAACGAGAUCGAGGCCCUGAACAGGAAGUUGAUGUUGAUGGAAAACGAGCGGUUAACGGUCAUGUCUCAGUCCUCCUCCUCAUCCUCCUCUUCCUCCUCAUCUUCUUCCUCCAAGAGGGAGCAGCAGGGCAAGGUCCCGCCGCCCACCGGCGAGGGGCCGAUAAUAGAUUCAGUCCAGACGUUGUCUUCUGAUCAGAGCGUCAGAGAGAAGGCGGACACCUCGGCCAAUCACCGAACCCCGCCGCCUCCGCAGACGGAGGAGAAACCGUGCGAGCAGCUCAAAUCGGACCACUGUGAAAGCGACGGCAGAGAUGACGACGAGGAGGACCUAAUAGUCAAGCUAGAGGACGAGGACGACGUCCAGAUUGUGGAGCAGAUAGUGGACUCUGAUCAGAGCGUCAACGACGGAGCAGGUCACCACGAGAUGGAGCUGAGCCUCCAACCCGCUGAGCUCAUGGAAGAACAAGAGAGCCAGCAGUGGUCGUCGGUGUCGGUGGGAGACAGCGACACCGCCGACGAAACGGACUGCUUCUUCGAACCAAAGCAGCUGUCGCAAAAUCUGGACUCGGAGAUCCUGCUCAUUCAGAACGCUUUGGACAUUUUUGAUAAUUCAGCGGAGACGGCGUACUCGGACAGGUUCACGAGGGACAAUGGACAAGGUGCGUCGAGUAAAUCGAGAGCUCCCGUGCCUUUUAGCCAAGCUCAACCAAGUCAGCCUAUAGAAGCAAUAAAUCACCCGGAGAGAGGAGUGUCCCUCAGGUUCCUCUCGGAGAAGCAACCGCAAACUAAAAACACGUCGGCCUUCAACGCGGACGGCAGAUUCUUCCUCCUGAACGACCCCGAGCUGCACAAAACCAUAGCGAGCCGUCGCAUCAAGGAGAAGUGGUUCAUCUGCCCGUUCUGCGGCAAGAGCUUCGAUCGCGUCAGCCACCUGGAGAUCCACCAGCGCAUUCACACGGGGGAGAAACCGUACACGUGCGAUACGUGCGGCAAGUGUUUUUCUCAGAGGAGUAACCUUCGCACUCACCAGCGGACUCACAAAGAGGCUCUAUCCCAAAAUGCAGUUUGAUUCUGUAGAGUUUGAAGAAAAGCUAGGAGUGUCUCUGUGGUGUAUGUCUAGACGAUUUAACAAAUUCUCUUUGUAUUUUGAUAUUACUGAAAAGUAAUGUAGCCGACUGAUUUACUGUGCACUUCUGUUUUCUUGGAUAUUAUAACUUUGACAUAGCUUUGAUUGUAAGAACUAAUUUUGGUACAAUGUACUGUUUGUAAAAACCUGGCGGUUAAGAGAUUUAUAGACUUCUAAAUGUUAUACAUAUUUGGUUGAUUGAUGAUAGUCGUUGUGAAUCAGAAAGGUUUGGACAACAACGAUCUGUUUGUAUUUUUAUUAUUAUAGACCUAUCUAAUAUCUCUUAGCGUUACCUUUUGUCCCAUCCACUGUUCAUUAUCAGGUUCACGGUGAACAUCGAGCUAGUGGAGCAGCCCAGAUCUGCAUCUAAAUAAGCUUAAAAAAUUAUUUCCAAACAGAUUUUCCUUGACCUGAUGGACAGACAGCCACAGCACUUAGAGGAUGAGACUGAACUCACACUAAGUUUAGUCACAGCGGUUAUUACUCGAUGACCUGCGUUGCCUUUGUAAGCCGAAACAGGGAAUUUGAGGCACAAUUAAUUAAUGAUAAUUGGCAAUAUCAGUCAUAUUUUUUAAGGCUUUUAAGCAAAGAAAGCUCCUUAUCUUAACAUUGUAAGAAUUAAAACCUUGGGUCAUUUCAUUAUAGCUUCCAUUUAUAUGUUUACAGCUCAGUAACGUCAGAUAGGAACCUUCAUAGUACAAACAUUCAUAUCAUAGCAGUAACUUACUCUAGAGCUUUCCCAAGAGAUCUCCAGGCGAGCUGUUGCAUGAUGGGAGAUGUAGGACAUCUUAUAGGUAGUCCCUGGUGUCCUCCAGUCAGCCACGCCUGGCUCUCUUCAAAGGUUACUAAACCUGCCGACUGGCUCUUCUAAUUCCCACCGAUUAACCGUAUGUAUCUCGUUUGUUUGAUACUGACAUGGAUAAAAUAAUUCCAGCAUAUAACCCGCUUCUAAAGCUUGUUGUGGUUUGGUUUUUGUGAACAAACAUUUAACAUAUUAAUUAAUAAGCUUCAGAGGUGCUAGUAGGCAGGUUUUUUUACUUUUGGACAGUCCCAGGGUAGCUGUUUCCCCUUCUUCCAGUCUUAAGAUAAGAUAUACCUUUAUUAAUCCCCCUUAGGAGAAAUUCAGUUAAAUUCUAAGCAGCUGCUGACUGACAUACACGAGAGGGGUCUCGAUCCUCUCAUCUAACUCUCAACAAUAAAGUAAAUAAGCGUAUUUCACAAAAUGUUGAGUUUAUCCGUCAGAAGGACCAGUGUGUAGGAGUUAGUCGGAUCUAGCGGUGAAAAGUUGCAGAUCACAAACUAACUGAACACUGCUCGCGUCUGUAUUUCACAACCUGGAAAUGUGAAACGGGUUGUGAAGUGCGUAGGAGAAACUACGGUGCCAGUUUGUCCACACUGGGCUACUGUAGAAACAAACUCCAAAAGGCCUUUUUCUGCCAGUAGAUCCUCUUAAAUGUUACAGACUGGACCUUUAAAAAUACAGACUGAGAUCAACUCAUCGCCCUGUAACAGAGUGAGCCCAGCCAACCUGUGAAAAUGCACUUUUUUUCCCCCUACCUGUCUCAACAGUCGUUACCGAGCUAACAAGGACGUAAACGUCACAUGAGGAUGAACCAGAAAAUCACUACAGUCUAAUACGAAUGCUACAUUACUGCAGCGGCUGUGAUUUAACGAUGCCCUUUAAAUAAAACCUCCUGUGUGAGCAGAGACGAGCGUAAUUGUCCCAGGUUAUAAUAAAGAACGAUGACUUUGUUUUUAUGCUGUACUUUUAUGAAUAAACUUUUUAACAUUUA